AUGCAAUCUGAGCCUCAAAGCAUAGCCCAUGAAAUCGUGAUUGACAAUCGAUCAAAUUCUUUAAGUGAUAUCAGCGAGCUGCCAAGCUACCUUAAUGUAGCGGUAAACCAGAACAACCUUGACAACCUUGAUGAAAGUAAUUCCAAUGAUAUUUUUAUCAACAUUACAAACUGCUCAGCACCUGUACAUCCAAGUGUAUAUAACUCUAUUCCUAUUAAUGAACUUGACCUAGGUAUUGAGCCUAACUGAGAACUCUCACAAACCUGCUGCAGAGCAAUCUAUCGUGUAGAAGCACCCAAUGGAGACGCAAGAAAAGUUUAUGCCUUGGCUCAGCUUAGAAAUAGGUCAAGCUGCAGAGUUUUGAUGAGCAGGAAUAGAGAAAUCCCUGUAAUAAAAGAAGCUCAUUAUGAACUUCAGCCAAUUGAAAAUACGUUUUUAGAAGAAAUAUGCAGCCAAGAAGAGUUACAAGAUUUUUGCAAUGGGGCAGCGAUUUAUUGUAAAGAUAUCAUACGCAAAUUAAACCAUUUAGUUUUAUUUUACAAUGUGACCUCCUAUCUAUCCCUUAUAAUAUUCGUAUUUUUAGCUUUUCUGUUUUUAGCACUAAACCAAGUGGUGUUGACUUUUGUACUGGUAGGGCUUUUUAUGCUAUUUAUAUAUGCCUUCCAUCAUAAGUUUUUUGUUUUUAUAAGAGGAUACCCAGAAAAAGUGAAUCAAAAAUUGGCUGAAUAUUUGACUUUUAAUAAAAUAAACCUAGCACAAAUCGGCAUAAACCCAAGACCUGGGCCUUUCGGGAUUUAUAUUGAAUUUACUCCUUAUGUAUAA